AUGGAAGGGUCACUGUCUUUUGCUGGACGCCAGAUUGCUGUUACUGUCAGUCGACUGUCAAACUCUUCUCUUCCCGAUACGAUCUAUGUUUUACUGACAUUGUCCAAGGGGGCCUGCUCCGGGAUUGGCCUGGCCUUGACUCGGACGCUCGUUGCGCUUGGUGCAGUCGUCUAUGGUGCGGAUAUUGCUUCCCAGGCGCCGCAAGAAAUCGCAAGCCUUGAAAAUGUUCACUUUACAUUUCAAUGCGAUGUGACAGAUCGGCAGGCUUGUAAAAGCUUUCUGGACUCUAUACCAGGGAGAUUGGAUGGGGUUGUCAAUUGCGCUGGUACUUCGGGCUGGGAGGGCAAAAUUGGUACCGAUGCAGUCUAUCAGAAGACGAUGGAUAUCAAUGUUACGGGAACUUGGAAUAUGGCUACUGAGGCGCUGCAACGGAUGUCUCUCCAGGAAGAUAUUGAGGGUCUAGGCGUGCUUCCGGGCUCAGUUCGCAGCAUAGGCCAAGGAUCAAUCGUCAAUGUCGGAAGCGGUGCUUCUCUGCGCGGUGUUGCAGGCCUCGCAGCGUAUACCGACUCGAAACAUGCUGUCCUAGGCCUCACCCGUUCGUGGGCUCGUGAUUUCCCCAGACUACGUGUCAAUUUAGUUGCUCCAGGUGCAACUGAUACUCCAUUGGCGGAGGCUUGUGUAGCCGGGGCACCUAAGGACGAUCCGAAUGUGAAUAUUGGGAAGGCACAGAUUGAUGCUAUACCAAAGGGAAGAAUGGCUUAUGCGACAGACGUCGCCGACGCCAUCGUUUUUCUCCUCUCAGACUGGUCCAGCUUCAUAACAGGUCAAUGUUUACCAGUCAAUGGUGGGAAUUUCUAG